AUGUCUUCAAUAGAAAGCACAAGAGUGAGUAAGCGAGGCACUCCACGUCGUCGCAAGGUUGCCCUAGCCUGUGAGACAUGUCGGGAAAAGAAAGUGCGGUGCGACGGGGAGAAGCCGAUCUGUGGACCUUGCUCCCAGCGAUCGUACUCGAUUGACCGAUGCGUCUACAAAAUCGAAAAUGCUCGCUCUGCCAGUAACGAUGCCUACUUGAAAGUACUUCAUGAUCGAAUUCGAGAACUGGAAGAAGUAUGCGCACAAAAUGGUGUCACAGCCCCUGCCCCCGCUCCAUCUGCGUCCCAAAUUGUUGGAGAAAAUCAAAUUAGCGAUACUCAUGAACAACGGCCAAACAGCAGCAGCGACUUGGAUGCGGAGUCUAGAGCAUCUGUUGCUGCGGAGGGCUUGCUCGGACUUGGAUCGCGUGUCCCCCUUUCACGGCCUUCUUCGACACCCGCCGCACCAGGAACGACCACACAAACACACCAAUCUCCUCUCCAUUCGUCUCAUUCGGUGACAAGGGACUCCGAAUCAUAUGUUUCACCGCACGAGAAUCCACGGCGUCAUGGAUCCAUACAGUUUCUACCUGCACACAUGUAUUCUUCCCCUUUAAAUUCCCACGACAGUGUGACGGCAAUGGGCUCAAUAUCCGUUGCAGACGAUGGGGAACGCGGUGAUUCGCCACGAGAACAAUACUAUGGAAACUCCUCCGCGGCGUCUUUCAUGCGUCUUGCAAGAGACUCCGUGCCAAUUCGGUCUUACUUACAAGCAUUGAGGCGAGCAGACCAUGAUACUCCAACGACCUUGAAUCGAGACACGGGGCUUUGGCAAGAUAUGAACACCACAGCUACCUCUUCAGGGUUUCAAAUCGGUGACUUUUCACUCCCACCUCGACCAUUGGCAGACCAUCUCCUUCAGUGUUAUUGGGAAAGAAUAUAUUGCCUCUAUCCGUUUUUCCACCGGCCGAGCUUUGAGCAGGCAUACGAAAAUCUCUGGGGCUCAGCUAAGUGGCCGAAGCCUGAUUUGCCGGAUCUGAACAUUGGGCUUGGGGGAUCAUUUGAUUCUGGGGCCCAAUCGAUUGUCUUCCACACUGCAUUGAAUGCCAUCUUUGCCCUGAGCUGUCACUUCUCUGAUAUUCCUGCUGGGGAACGCGAGACUGCAGCAUACUCAUUCUUCCUUCGGGCCAAGCGUUUUGUUGGUCUAGACCUGCUAGAUAAAGGUACAAUUGGCGUGGUCCAGACGUUUCUCAUCGUUGCGCUCCUUCUCCAAAGUACCCCGUAUACAGACAGAUGCUGGAAUGCAAUCGGGCUCGCGUGUCGAGUCGGCCAGGGGCUUGGCUUGCACGAAACUACAACACAAAAAUCAAUCACACCUCUGGAAAAAGAGAUCCGACGUCGGACUUGGCAUGGCUGUGUCAUGAUGGACAUGAUUUUGAGUAUGACGUACGGCAGACCAAGCAUGACAUCUCACAUAUCGCCUGUAUACCCUGUUCCCCUUCCUGCGAUGAGACCCCAGUCCGAAGCUGAAGAUCCAUGUGCGCUCAGUGGGCAGCCUUGUGAUCAUAAACAAGGCCAUGUCGCGUUCUAUACCUCUACGAUUGAACUUUACAAAAUUCUUGAAUCCAUCCUGGCUGAUGUCUACAAUGCAUGGCAGGGUCAACCCCAUCACCACCGCACCAUUUCCGUUCAAGGUAUCCGGCAAAGUAGCCUAGACGUCAUCAUGGAACUAGAUGAUAGGCUUUCUGCCUACGAGGCCAAUAUUUCCUCCGAGCUUAACUGGACUACCCGACGGCCGAUUUUCAGCCCUGAAACCCACCCACAGCCGGUACUUCAGCGCCAGCGAAAUGUGCUACGAGCAAGGUUCAUACAUCUCCGAUUACUCUUAUAUCGCCCAAUGUUUACCCAGCUUUGCUCCGAGGAGCGCACGGAUAUUACGCGGCAGACUGGUGUCGACAGAAACCCAAGUAUAACCCGGCUAGAGAAGAAUGUGAUUUAUACUUCCAUGUCUGUGAACUGUGCCACCGCAUGUGUGACGGCCGCAAUUGACCUGGUUUCACUUGUAUACGAGACAUACAUGACAUCCCUGACGGACGCUUGGUGGUAUAACGGUUUUUACACAUCCACCGCAGGAUUUGUCCUGAUCAUGUCAUAUUCCUGCUCUUCAAUUUUGAAAAAGAUCGAUUCACGCACUAUCGCCGAUACAUGGAGUAAAUGCGAGAAAAUCCUUACUCACAUGGCAUCGUUCAGCCUUUCAGCACGUAACUCGCUGCAGUUUCUUCAAGUAACACAUCACCACAUUGUUCAAAAUUACACCUCAGCAUCUUCUCACGAGGAACAUGUGCCUUCCCCCAAAGGCCAUUUGCAGCAAAGAAGGAAUACUCGGACAGCAAUCUCACCUCUGACCACAGAGAUCUUGCCGGAGGAAACCAUUUCCCGUGAUAUGGAUCAUAGUGGCUUGGGUAUCAACCCUUUGACAAAUUGGGAUGAGAUUGGUCUAGGGCAAGAGGAGUUUGGAUUUCUUGGUAGGUUUGAUGUGCCUGAUAUCGCGAGCUGGUUCCCUGAUCUAUCUGAUCCUACUUUACCGACCUAA